AUUUUCCAGACGCGUACGCAUCCAACGUUUACCACACACGUAUCACUAUACCCGAAGGUAGAAUUAUCUUUUAUAUUAGUCAGCAAGCAUGUCUUCUUCUUUAGAACAACUCAAGAGUACCGGAACUGUUGUCGUUUCCGACACUGGUGAUUUUGAAUCGAUUGCCAAAUACAAGCCUCAAGAUGCUACUACCAAUCCCUCUUUGAUCUUGGCCGCCUCCAAGAAGCCCCAAUAUGCUGCCCUUGUCGAUGCCGCCGUCGAAUACGCCAAGAAGCAAGGCGGCUCUCUCGAAGACCAAGUCGAGAAUGCUUUUGAUCGCCUUCUCAUUGAGUUUGGUACUAAAAUCCUUGCUAUCGUUCCUGGCCGUGUUUCCACCGAAGUUGAUGCUCGCUUAUCUUUCGAUACCCAAACUACCAUUCAAAAGGCUCGUCAAUUGAUUAAGCUCUACGAAGAAGAAGGUAUCAGCCGUGAGCGUAUUUUGAUCAAGGUUGCUUCCACUUAUGAAGGUAUCCAAGCUGCCAAGCAAUUGGAGCAAGAAGGCAUCCACUGUAACUUGACCCUUCUUUUCUCUUUCGUUCAAGCUGUCGCUUGUGCCGAGGCUAAUGUCACUCUCAUUUCCCCUUUUGUUGGCCGUAUUCUCGACUUUUUCAAGGCCAAGUACAACCGUGAAUACGCUUCUCACGAAGACCCUGGUGUCCUUAGCGUUAGUCAGAUCUACAACUACUACAAGAAGUACAACUACAAGACCAUUGUCAUGGGUGCUUCCUUCCGCAACAUGGGUGAGAUUAAGGAGCUUGCUGGUGUCGACUUCUUAACCAUUUCUCCUGCUCUCCUCGAGCAGCUCAACAACAGCCAAGAGCCUAUCCCCAAGAAGCUUGAUGCCUCUCAAGCCCAUGGUCUUGACAUGGAAAAGAUUUCUUAUCUUGAUGACGAGUCCAAGUUCCGCUUCAACUUCAACAAUGAUGAAAUGGCCGUCGUCAAAUUGGCUACUGGUAUCACUGCCUUCGCCAAGGAUGCCGAUACCCUUCGUGGUCUUUUGAAGGAAAAGCUUCAAGCUUAAGCUGCUUCCUUGUUAUGUCUAUUUCUUUUUCAGAAAUUUUAUGUUUCCUUAGAUUUUUCUUCGAUAUAGAAAAUAAUAAACUCAGUAUACCUCAAUUUGAUUAUUCGGUUAAUACCGGUCUAAAAAAUGAUUGUUUACAGUACAAAUGAACACAUGACUUUCCUCUGUUUUUAACCUAUAGCUGAUAGUUUAUAUAACGUUACUCUAUCACUGUCAAAAAGCAAAUUAUCGCUGAGUGAAUCUAAUAAAUAAAAAACCGAAUGAAAAUGGGUAAAAAGAAAGAAGUGCCACAAUAUUCACUACACAUCAAAGGUCUGUUCAUCAAAUAUCUUUGACCUAUCUUCUGGAGGCCAUUCCAAACGCUUCCAGGUGCGAAUUGUCCGUUUCGAAGGGUUUAAUUCCCAUAGUCUGGCACGUCGAAUAUAUCCGCCAUGUCCACCGUAACCGCCAAACCCAGUGCUUCCUGCCAUACAGAAUCUUACCUUGUAAGUCGUAUGAAUUCCACAGAAGUCAUUUACAUGAUCAUGACCGGCUACAGCCACAGGAAUUUGCAAUUCGCUUAACGUCCUUGCUGUCCCUGGAUCACAAUAGGAUGAGGAACAUUUCUCUCGAUAUGAUCCGACCAUGUCCUCCACUUCGCAAAAUUCUUUUAAUGGUAUAUGAAAAAAUACCAUUUGAAUAGGAUCGUUUUGAAAUUCUGUCUUUUUUGAUCGCAACCAAGCAAGUUGGUCUUUCUUGAUAGCAUCAUACACGGGACAAGCCCGACCAUUUGUAGUUCCUGCAUGUGAGUCUAGUACGUAUAUAGAAAAUCUUUUUGGGCUUCGCAAAACGAAGUUCCCAACCCCAGAAAUAUUUCCCAUUAGUCCGAUAUUUCCAGGGACCUGGUGAACAAUUUGAGCCAUCUCAUCAUUAGCCAAAUCUCCUAAACUGUCAUGAUUUCCAUAAGUAACAGCGAACGGUAUAUCGUAAUCUACUACGGAAGCCAAUGCUUUCAUAAGAGACGUUUUGGAAUCGUCCACCGCGUCACCAGUAAUCAAGUCCCCUGUAAAGAGGACAAGAUCUGGAGAUUCUCGUUUUAAAAUAUCCGUAACAAAAGCAUGAGUCGUUGCGUCUGCCAUACAGUCUGUGGGACGUUCUGGAGGAUACGAAUCUCGACAUUUUGUACGGUCAGUCGCAUAAUGCAAGUCUGAUAACUGCAAGAUCUUCAACGUUUCCCUCCUAUCGUCAAAGGGCACAUCUACAAAUGCGGGUUCGUUCUUCUUAAGAUCUUCAAUAGCUGGAACAAGGGGAUACGAGCAAAAUCGUUGGGUCAGCAAAAUUGGACGACCUAGGUAAAGAAACUGUGAUUGCACUGGACUCCAUCCUCUUCGUACUUCGCUGGCAUCAGUACCGAAUAAACCUUCCACAUCACAUACGUCCCCAUUUGGACCGUAUUGAAUAUGAAGGUUAUGUUUCUUUCCUUUCAUCAAUUGAUGGUCGAUCAUUAAAUUUUCGACGGUUGGUGUCACACCAGCAAUAUACCUGCUAGGCCUUUUUACGAACACGUACGCCCGUUUCCAAGGAAGCCAUGAUCGAUACAAAUUAUGGCUAGAGCGAUCCCAUCGCCAAAAGGAAAGUACAGGUCUGCAAAAGGGAGAGAAAAGCCCGCAUUCGACGAUGCGAACAUCCUCAAUUGGUGUUUGAAGGUAAGCUAACUUUGAAUUGGAAGAUGUAGGGAAUUGCGUCUUAACAAGCCAGUAAUCAAAUAUAAGAAGGCAAAAGUAAAGAAGCACAGCAUAAACCAAGUUCUUGCGAAUCAAUUGAACCGUUCUUGUUAAAAUCCUCAUUUUUUACUAACGAGGAGAUUAUAACAAAUAUACCUUUAAGAAAGACUAAAAAUCGCCCUCUCUGCAACCUCUAUUGACUGAUCUCUGUCCCAGCUUUCAGUUCCUUGCAAAAUAGCCAGUCCGCUGAAUUUCUGGUGUAAGAUAGAGAUAGAACUAUGAAUAAAAACCAGUCGUAGAAAACUUCCUUUUUCUUGGAAUUUGCAUGAAUACAGUGAAACCACUA